AUGCACGUCAAAUCAGAUGUACCUAACAGACCCCCUGGAAUACCCAGCUUCAGGGUUCACAUCGCCCAGAGCGAUGAAGAACGAAUGAGACAAUCAGCAGAGACAAUGGAACCUGCAGAAGGGACUUACCUGGGAUCAGUUGGAAUUUUCCUGGAAGAAACAGCCAGUGAAACAAUAAAGAAACCCCUGGGGAAUGAUAGCCUGUCAUUUAACUUUCAAGACCCUCUGGCCAGGCGGGCGGAGGAACUGUUGGCUAGGAUUCAGUAUCCUGGGGAUCUCAAGGGUGAAGAUCAGCAAAUACCUUGGGAUGACCCAGACCGAUUUUGCAUCCAGGACCAGGGAGAUGACAAAUAUCUGGUCGUGGAUUACCUGCGACUGGGGAAAUUGGAACACUUCGUUGUUAAAAGGACCCAGCUGGAGAACCCUAGCUUCUGUAUCGACAAAGCUUACUGGGUUUUCAAAGGCGUGGGUUUGGGUCAUAACAAACGAAGAACUGGGACCAGGGAACGGAAACGUACCCUCCGAAAACCCCCCAUGGGGGAUCCCAUCAGUGAUAAGGUGGUGCGAUGGCUAGACAUGUUCAGGCAACCAACAGACGAUGAAUGGAGAAAUCUACCUUCUCAAUGGUUCUCCUGUACCCAAUUGAAGGGAGGAGAUUAUGAGGUCAUUGAUGCUGCCCUCUCAUUUUGA